AUGGUUGCAAAAAAAUUUCAUAUUAUCGAUUGGAAAGAGGAUGAUAUUGCACUAUUUAAGAAGUUAUUGGAUCCAUUUAUAUCAUUUAUUCGAUUUUAUGAAAUAUCUAGAGAUGAGUUUUAUUUUUAUAUUAGACCUUAUAAAAAAGUGAUACCAGAAAAUCUUUAUGAAGAUUUAAUGGCUUAUUUUAUGGUUAAUAUAUUAAAUCCUAGAAUUUCAAGGUUACCAUCACGUAAUAGAUCUAUUGUUAGAAUUGAUUCCAUUAUAAUUAAAGGGGACAAUGCCGCGAUAAUAUCUGAUUGGAUUGAAAAAAGAACCACUUCUUCUUUUUCUGAGAAACCUUUAUAUCAAUUUAUACUUACUUAUCGAGCAACACGCGACGGAUUUUUUAAUUACAAUAGAUUUAUUAAUAAAAAUAGUAAUGGUGCAAUUCUUGGAUUGAUUAAAGUUGCAAAUUCAGAAAAAAUAAUUGGUGGAUAUAAUCCCCUAGGUUGGAAAGCUGUCAACAAUUAUAAUGACAAUUAUGCCUUCAAUAAUCAUGGUUCUUUUGGUGCUCCUUCACCUUCUGGUUUUAGUUUUGGUGCCAAUAACAAUCAUGCCUUCAAUAAUCGUGGUCCUUCUUUUGCGAUGGGAGCAUACUUAUGA